UCCGAAGGAAGAAUGUGUAUACUACCCCGAUAACUGUCGGUGGAUCUUGUAGACAAAGUAUAGAUUAUGUACACUUUUAGCCUGUAGGCGCAGAUGAAUCGCUAAGAAAAUCCAUGGAAACGAUCCAAAGUACCGCGCUUUGUCCUAGACAAAAAGAUCAAUGGACUAUAAAACCGCACAAAUCUUGUAGCGGGCUGCAAUUUAGUUGCAGAAGCAGGUGUCCCUUGAAAGUAGUAGUAGCGGUAGCAGUAGCAGUAGCAGCACAAGAAAUACAGUGUGUUCUCAGUUUAUGGAACAAAACUUACUUCAUGAUAUUUAUAUUAGGUGCAUAACGGUACGUUGAUUUGGGGCUGUUGCAUCUUCUAUCGCGAAUUACGUAAUAGAUUAUGAUAAUAUUAACACAGCAUCUAAAACGCUACAUCAUGCCUGCUGUUUACGAUAGUAGGAAGGGACCAUGAAGCCUUUGAGGUGUACAUGUUGCAUAAACACACUUGUAUACGAACAAACAGAUCUACAACAAGACUACGUUGCUACACGUGCAGUAUAUUCGAUCAGGUUAAAAGCACGCAUCUGUGGGCACUAAUCGUUACGUUCGUGUACCGCGAAUCGGUGUAAAGAACAACGACAAGUGAUAGUAUGCCGGUCUGUAAAGCCAGCAAAGAUAUUUUUGCUUGCAGGAAAUUCGUUUUAGAACUUCACCGUAGACACCGCCGGCUCGCGGUACCAUACCGCCUGGCGACGUGUCAGUUAGCCAGAGCGUUACAAGUUAAGCCCGAACGGGUAGAUGCCGACUCAAACUUCAUUCUAUCGUCACCGGCAAGCUAGCUGGAUUUUACUAAUAGAAAAGCGACAGCAGCGCGUCGAUUUAAACUAGACCGCUUUGACGCUUUUAUUGCUACCGUGAAUUAAGCUGUGAGGUCAAUAAGGUCAACGACGCCAUUUUGGGAGAGAUUUCAGCUCGAUAAGUAAGCGAUUCGAGUCAACUCAGCUAGAAACGACGACACGAGCUAGUUGAAACAAGAUUCAAUUAUACGCGUUAAAUCAUCAACGUAAGCUAGCAAGAACCGGCCGACGCCUCUCCAACACUGUGGUUCGAAAUCGCUUUGACGUAUCCGACAGACAUGUAUCUGCAAUUGCACCAUAUAAAAAGAUAGAGAACAAUAUAGCAAAAAUUAAUUUGCAGGUCGAUGCUACGAUUACGAAAUACACCAGUCGAAAUUGAUUGUACAUGCAUCCAUUCAGCUCAAUUCAUCCCGUUAGAUGGCUCAGGCAAAAUAGGUCUGCGAUCUGAAACGGGGUUAUCGGCACUCGCUUCAAUAAACACUAUCAUUCUUUCAGCAUUUUUUCCCUUUCAAAGCAGUGUAUAGGAGGUGUCGAUUAAUAAUACGCUUCAUACCUAUAUCUUGCCGAUGCCCUUGAGAAAAAGCGAUAAUAUUUUGGCUCCGAGUUACGCUUUUAUAUAACUUAUAAAAUGUAACGCGUAUACAGGCUAAUGGAUCGGCUCGUCAAUUAGGAGUGACCAGUCAGUUUCUGCUGGUUGAAAGCAGUGUCCUGAUCGCGCGAAAGCAGAUUCAUAAUCAAGUCUACUACAAAAACGCUGGAAGGCUACAGCAGUGUGUACAUAUAUGUAUGUAUAGAGAAGCGGGCUGCUUAAGCCGGCGAGGAAGACAACUUCACAGCCAAUCGCUCUCCUUGCAUGUAUAGCCGCGACCCAUUCAUAAAUAUUCAGAUAUUUAAGUGUAAUUCUUUUAUCUAUUACAAGCAAUUACGUUGAUCCGGCGGUAUGUCCUCACCCCCCAGCCAAGUUCAGUUGCACCCAGUGAGUCCCACGCGCUGCGCAAAGCAGACCUUGAAUGCAUGUCGACUGGGAUCCCACAGCUUCCAAAACCGGACGCACAACUUCAAAUUUACGAAGUGAUGUAGAGUGUUAUGCUCAAAAUUUCUGCUAGACGACCACAACGAAGGCUUCGGUGUCCUGACGUCUAUCCUGCUGUACUACUUCUGCCCGAUAAGGGCCAUGCUUACCUUUUUCCAGUAACGAAUUCGCAGAUUUAUUGUCCAUGAAGUAAAAAGGGACCUUCGUCCGCGUGUUGACACACCGCAUGUGCUCUAGGCUCUCUGCCCGGAAAACGCUGUACUGUCGCGCGGCGAACAGUUUCCUCUACAAAAUUCUGAAUGACUCUGGUCGCAGUUAGGAAGUCCGAAGACCUGCACAACCUGCGGAAUUCGGGCCGCAGUCUUUUUGGGUCAGAACCAUAGAGGAAAGCACAAUAUUUCAUCUAACAUAUAUGUAUAUGUAUUAGAUCAGGUACGAUUGAAUUAUAUUAUACCCAAAUAUAUUGUUGAGUACUUCUAAUGCCAACGUAAGAGGGUUUUCUUGUCUCAGAGUUUCUUCGUGUAUGACACUGAACGGCUUAGCUGGGAUACUGCGCCUAUUUCCAUUGCUAAGAAGGACAGAGACCGCCGCAUGGUUGCCUUUUUAAAUAUCAUUGGGUCAUCAUAAAGGUCAUUGGCCAGCGCUCACGACGGCUGUUGUCAUUACCUUCGGGUAUAGUCUGCUCUUGCAGAUGUACGUUUAAGUGGUUGUUUUUAUCGUGCUAGUACUGCGACUACAGUAAACAUGUUUAUGUACGGACAAGUUUAUUUACAGAAACUGUCUAUCGUGAAUGAAAUGCCCUGCCAGAAUGAGGCCCACUACCAGAGACAAGAGUUUAUAGACCGGGGUUACAAAAACCGAAACUCGAGCUACAGGGAUGAGAAUGAAUUCAAGCUGCUUAGCAGUGGUGAACGGAGAACGAAAAAUGCAGAGAACAUGUAAACUAGAUGAAUCGUCCAGAAGUAACGGAAGAACCACGCUUCAGAUUCCACAUAUUAGGGCUACCCUACGAUCGGAUAGAGUCCCAAAGGCAAAAUGAUCUUCGGUACAGAACGCAUAGAAUACAUUCUCACAUGAAUGUUGGACCGCUGUUGACAGCAUUGCUCGUAGUUAUCUUAAUAUUAAGUUUACCGUCGGAUGGAGGAGGGGGCGCGUUGCUUCCAGCUGUGAUCAUUUUCAAGAACCCCCCAUGGCCAGCGGCUCCACAGUCCCCAAAGGCAAUAAAGAUUACACCGCCUUCAAGACAAAAAUAUGCUCCCAUUCCUCAACAUUGUCCAGAAACAGGAAAAACUGUAUGUGUCAACGUGCAUAGCUAUCCAGAGGAGCAGUUAUUUGAAAUGGUACGACAAACCCGUUUCCGUGGGUUUAAUUUCUCGUCAGUGUUUUUUGACGACCGAGAUGGAUUCGACGAACCUCAUUUGCAGACAUGGGCUCCACAAGUACCUGCCCCCCCUCCGCCUAUACCGCCCCUCGCCCACCCGGAAACCCCACCCACCUACUCGGUUGCCACCCUAUUGCUGCUUCAGGAUGAACCACACUACUCCUAUGGAAAGGCACAUGCAGCCGCUGUUUCCCAUGCAGCGCACCCCAAUCCUUGGUGGGAUAUUAAGCACUAUCCCAAAACGUUAUCUCGUCGCAAACGAACUACAGAGAACAGCGUCGAACCAGCAUGCGAGACGCGCCACCUAUAUAUUUCUCCAAAGGCAGCUUUAAGUGACAAGAACCAAUGGAAGUAUAUUGUCAACGUGCAAGAACGAGACCCACGAAUCAGACAGAUAGUCCGCGCUGAAAUUUGCAGGAGCGUAGAUGAAGCGUGUUCGUCCACUAUCAGCCUGCCAUUUGGGUACACAUCGGUCUGCAAGCAGAAAUACCUUAAGAAGAAACUUUUGAGUUUGGAUAUUGAUGGAAGAGGCCUAUCCGAAGAAAAUUUCUUCGUGCCCUCGUGUUGCGUUUGCGAGCUUGUCCGAUCAACUAAGUAAUUGUUGAUUGUAUUAAUUAACAAUUAAUUUAGUUAACGUGUGUGAGUGAAUGUACAAAUGAACGAGAUUCUGAGUUGAAGAUACACCAAUAUGUUGAAUCCUAAGGACGAGAAGCUUUCCAAAAGCCGAUCAUCUUUGAGUAUUAUUAAUAGUUAUCUUCGAGAAUGUUUGGAAUAUAGUAUUAAAAUGACUUAAUGGACUUAAUAAAAAACGGUAACUUAUG